ACCAUGGUAGCAGCAAUCCACCACUUCUCCUGGAUGAUAAUAGCUUGAAUGAUGAUCCCCGGCAGUCGCAGGAAAUACUAAAGAAUGUCUUCAACAGGUAGGAAGUUUGUUAUUAGAAGACUGUAAGAGGGGCAAGUCACUGACGACAACAAGUGUUUGCCACCAGCACCACAGGAGAUGGGAGGAGAACUCAAGGAAUAAUUAUGUUGUAUUCUUUGAUGUGUUAGUGUCUGUGGUGAUUGUAAAAAAGACUAAUGAUCAUUUGAGUAUAGAGUGCUAUGCACAUUCAUGUAUUGGACUCACUUGAGACUAAAGACUUUUAAACUUCUUCACGUCUUGGACUCGGAGAAGUCAAGAUGCAUGCUUAUAUUUUCAUAUGGUUUUUAAACCCACUCUUAUGUCUCAGUGUACUUAAUUAAUUCUAAAGCUCAAGAUACCGGUGAGACGAUGAAGAUAUUUAUAUGUCUAAGAAGAGAAUUUUGUUCUGCAUAACAGUUCUAGUACAUCGUUAAUCAACGAGUAUGUUGACACUAAAGUUCAUAUAUGUGAUCAGUAGAUUACAGAAAUAAGAAGAUAUUAUUUUCGUGUUGUCCAAAAAUGUUAGAAUGUGGUGACCUAAGUGACAGAACCCGAAUAAAACAGGAAUUCAAAGAUAGAAAUGGAAAGAAGAUAUUAGGCAUUGCCAUAGCAACCAAGCCUAACAACAUACGAGAACUGUUUCCAGAAAUCGUAUUGAGUACAAUAAACAAAUGGAAGAAAGUUGUGAGUGCAACGCUGUAAAAGACGUGAGAAAGUAAUAGCGGAGAAAACUGGAGAGAAGACUUCAACUUUUCGACAAAGAUCGGGUGUGGAGAGAGAGCAGUCUUCAUACAUGUACAUCGCACUGACGCCGACGCAGUAACGAGCCACCGAUGCUGACUGCACCAGCUGCUGCUCACUGGUGCUGACUUCGCGUCCGCUCGCCAACGAUGAUGCUGAAACCAACAUGUGACACCGCCGGUGCCAGUGCUGUCCACUGGCGCUGAUUACACAUUCACUCACCAACGCAGCUAGAACUCUAUGCCGGACCGUGACCAUGAUGAACGCCUAACGCUUUUGGAGCUGUCCGACUGGAUCGAUAUUCGCAUCCGGGAGCAUAUCGACCAGGCCUUACUAGAAAAUGAGAUACUUUUCACUGCCAUAGACGUAAAACCGAGGGAUGGAUUGGUUAGCUGGGAUGAAUAUCAUCGGUAUUUCCUUAAGCAACAUGGACUCAGUCAUCAGUAUGCAGAGAAGCAUGAUGAGAAACACCACAACUUGGCACGCUCCAUAAAAGAGACCAUCAUGAGAGACAGAGCAUCAUGGUCUGAGGCUGCUCGAUCUGACCCUGAACGUCUAACUCUGGGUGAAUUUCUUGCAUUCCGCCAUCCUGAAUCCAGCCGUGCCACUGUCAUGUCUUUGGUUGAGGAGCUACUUGACAAAUUUGAUCAUGAUGGUGACGAGUUCCUGACGGAGGAGGAAUUCUCGAGUCUUCCACAACAACAGCUAGGGCUAGCUGCUGCUGCAGCUGCUGAUGAUAGUGCGGGCAAUGUAGUGGAAGAACAACGACGAUCAGAAUUUCGGCAGUUAGUGGAUCGAGACAGAGAUGGACGAGCUGAUCGCCAUGAACUGUUGAUGUACAUGGACCCACGCAAUCCACGACACGCACGUCAGGAAGCUUCGCAGUUGCUUCAGCUUGCUGAUACAGAUGCAGAUGGUGCUGUGAGUCUAAUGGAAGUACUGGCUCAUGCAGGACCCUUCCUCAACAGCAAGAUGUUCGAUACAGCUCGAUCUUUCCAUGAUGAGUUCUAGAUGAAUAAUGAAAUGAGGAGACUGUACAUUCAGAAAUGUAAACUGUAUUGAUGUAUUUAAGUAUGAUGUCAG